GAAAUAUGUACAGCACAGGUGGUAGCAACAGGCAGUUUUCCGCCCGCCACGCUUCAAUUGUUUAAUUAAUAUAUAAAUAGACUAAGGCUCGGAAAAUUCGCAACCAGUAUACUUUCCUCUCUCAAACCAUCUAUAGGAGUAUCGCAAUGAAGUUAACGAUACUAGCCGCUACCCUGGCCGCGGUAUGCACAGCGGCACUGGCAAUAGAGUCCGACAAAAAGGCAACCGCAGAGCGUGACACACGUGUGGAACAAACUCCAGCAGAGGAUCGACAGUGGCCGACAGCCACCGUACGCAAGGUGGAGAAACGGCACAGUGGCAAGAAAAUACACAUCUAUCUCGGUAAACCUGGAAAGAGCAAAAAGUCCAGCAAAAAGCACUCGGACAGCGAUGGCGCUGAAACUCAAACAAGAAAAACUCCCGAGUUGACCACCCGUUCGGAUAAGACCGAAGAUCUGGCCGCUUCUGCAACAUCAGACGCGCCGGAUGUUGCCGUUGGCGAAAGUCAACACUUUGAAAUUCCAGAACAUCAAAUCGUAAAAGAAAAGAUCAAAAUUAAACAUCAUCACCAUCAUCACCACCAUAAUCACGUCAAAACGGUUGUGAAGAAGGAGCCAUAUCCUGUGGAAAAGGUAGUACAGGUGCCGGUUGAAAAGAUUGUUCACGUGCCAAAGCCGUAUCCUGUCGAAAAAAUUGUGGAGAAAGUUGUACACGUUCCAGUAGAAAAGAUCGUUCAUGUGCCAAAGCCGUAUCCAGUUGAGAAAAUUGUCGAAAAGAUAGUCCAUGUGCCGAAACCGUACCCUGUUGAGAAGAUUGUUGAAAAACCAGUUCACAUUGCUAAGCCUUACCCAGUGGAGGUAAAAGUUCCAUACCCAGUAGAAAAAAUCGUUCAUGUUGACAAGCCCUAUCCAGUGGAGAAAAUCGUUGAAAAGGUGGUUCAUGUUCCCAAGCCUUACCCGGUGUACAAGCAAAUUCACGUUCCCGUCGAGGUGAAGGUUCCUUAUGAAGUUCCCAAGCCAGUUCCAUAUCCCGUAGAGAAGAAGGUACCGUAUCCGGUGGAGGUCAAAGUACCAGUUGAAGUAGAAAGGAAGGUACCAGUGCCGGUAAAAGUUGAGGUGGAGAAAAAGGUUCAUGUACCAUUCAAGGUUUAUGUGCCUAUAGAGAAGAAGGUUCCGUAUCCUGUGCCGGUGAAAUCUACUGCAUAUCAGUUCCCAUUCGAUAAGGACAUUGGAUACUCGAGCACAAAAUUACAUCCGUUCGAAUCACAACAACAUGAAGUAAGACAUUAUGACGAUGAAUAUUCCAACGGUGAGGAAGGAUACCGAAGGACAACAAAGACUACCUACAAGAAAAAAUCAUCCAAAAAAAACAAAAAACAACAACAAAACGAAGACUACAGGCAGCAACAGUCAGGCCAGCAAUCGGCACCAGUGACAGAGGACAUCCAGGAAACUCAAUCAGGUUUGGGGUCGUACUCCGGUAGCGCUAGCGCAGAACAUCAACAACAAGUCCAUCAGAACGGAGCUCAUUAUUCACAGACCACGAUCUUUACUCAUCCAUCCUCUCAGCAGCAGCAGCAGCAGCAACAACAACAGCAUCAACCACAACAACAAGAUCAACAGCAAUACAAUAGCCAGGAAAGUAGUAAUUACUUCAACCAACAGCUAAUUCAAUAUCACCAACAGCCAAGAUACGGACCCUCGGUGUUCCCUCAGCAAAAUGACUAUCAGGCACAGUCCAGUAGCAAUGAGAACCAAUACAGCCAUCACGAUCACUACGGUUCCGGAACGUCGCAACAGGAGGUGGUCGUCACUCCACCAUCAGCAGCAGCUGCCCCAUUCAGUUUCGACAUGUCCCAGCAGGGAAUUCCACAAGCCUUCGCAUUAACUGCACCUUCCAAUCCAGGUUCAAUGCUGCAACUCGAAUCUCAACCCCAACCAUUCCAGCUUGUUCAGCUGUCACCAUUCCAAUAUCAAACUCCAACGGGAUUCUCUUUACCAAAUACUAGAUAACAGCUAUAUCUUCCAACUUCGGCUGAAUAGUAGAUCGUUGCCUCUGAACAAGAAGACUGUGAAUCAACUGAAUUCCCCCGCACCGUUACCGUGACCGUUGGACCUGUUCCAUGGUUUGCAAAGCUAUUUAUAAAAAUGAACCUACAAAUUUGACAAUCUCCCGAAAACUAUUUUUGUAAAAUAGUAUUUUACCGUGGUUUUUAUCCAGUUGUUUUCUAGUGCCCUAGCUUUUAAGCGUUUUCACGAGGUCAGUUAAACAUCGCAUCAUUGCACACUGUCACCGUGAAUGUUAUCGAGUGGUUAUGUCCCGAGACGGAUCUUGUACUGUUUUAAAAUGUAUUGAUAGGAUGAAACCAAAGCUCAUUAUCAAUGUAAGCGUGAUAUUAAAGUAGUUUUCUUUUCCGGGCGAAUUUUGUGCUGAGUUAACUCUUGGCAAACUCUGGGCCAACCUAACGGCCAGCCAAAAAUGAAGCCAUGAAAAGAAAAAUACCGUUAGCGAAUCUUUUUGUAAAUAACAUACUUCCUUCUAUUGAAGAAACAGAUUGUGGUUAAACUAAUGGAUGCUAAUAGUUGCAAAUACACACGAAUA